AAAUCAAUUUCAGUAGGAGGGAAAGAGAGGAAAACCAAGAAAAAAGAAACCAGUAUCAUCAGCGAGCCGUAGCCGGAGUUUCACUCUCGCCGUUUCCCCAAAAGAAGCGGUUGAACAGAUCAAAAUGGUCUCGUCGGCUAUAGUGAACACAUACCCACUCUCUAGCUAUACAUUUGGCACAAAAGAGCAUAAAAUGGAGAAGGAUUCAUCCGUUGCCGAUCGCCUUGCUCGUAUGAAAGUCAACUACAUGAAGGAGGGAGUAAGGACAAGUGUUGAAGGAAUUCUCUUGGUACAAGAACAUAACCAUCCUCAUAUUCUUCUUCUGCAAAUUGGGAACACAUUUUGCAAGCUCCCAGGUGGACGCCUAAAGCCAGGAGAAAAUGAAAUCGAGGGUUUGAAAAGGAAACUCUCCAGCAAACUUGCUGCUAAUCCUCCUGCCAAUCAGCCAAAUUGGAAGAUAGGUGAGUGCGUGGCCACCUGGUGGAGGCCAAACUUUGAAACCAUAAUGUAUCCAUACUGUCCUCCACACAUAACAAAACCUAAGGAGUGUAAGAAGCUCUACCUUGUUCACUUAUCUGAAAGAGAGUACUUUGCUGUCCCCAAAAAUCUUAAACUUCUUGCUGUGCCAUUGUUUGAGCUUUAUGACAAUGUUCAGAGAUAUGGACCUGUAAUAUCUACAAUUCCUCAACAGCUUUCCAGAUUGCAGUUCAACAUGAUCCAUCAAUAGAUAGUAGAUGGACAUUCAAGUUCUCCUCCAGGAUAAAAAUGGCAUCAAAAUGAUUUGGUGUGGUUCCCAUAGUUUGAGGGUGACUGAGGCCUACUCCAUGUAAUCUUAUAGCAUAAACUUAUACAUGUAUAUGUGUAUUUAAAAAUUCUAAUUGCCCAUACAUAUAUAGCUUCUGCUUUGAAAACACAUAGAUACAUACACAUACAGUUGACUACAAAUAAAAUUACACUCUGAUACUUCAUUCGUGGGAUUUUAGCCACUGCAUCCCUAUUCCAGAGUUAGAGAUCAAUGAAAGCUCAUUCAACAGAA